AAAGACAUCGAGGAAUUGGUGGCGAAGACUAUCGCAGAGUUCGGCAAAAUUGAUAUUCUGGUCAAUAACGCGGCGGUCGGCCCGACGGCCAGUUUCGGAGACCCGGAGUAUUUGAAUUCAUACGAUUGGGUGAUGAAUGUAAACGUCCGGAGUGUACAGGUGUUGACACAACUGGCGCUUUCAUACCUGGAGAUAACGAAAGGCAAUAUCAUUAACAUCUCGAGCAUCGCUGGCACUAUACCGAGUGCCGCCAGAUUUCCAUACCAUAUGUCCAAAUGCGCGCUCAAUAUGUUCACCAAAUGCCUGGCCUUAGGAUUGGGGCCCAAAGGGGUUCGCGUUAAUUGCAUUACGUUGGGUCCGAUUCGGUCGCACUCUAUGGACAGUAAUGCCAAAUAUAAGGACAAUGAGGCGGCGCUUGAGAGACACUGUGAGGCAAACUACCCGUUGAGACGUAUUGGAGAAGUGGAGGAUGUGGUCGAAGCGGUCGCAUACCUGGCCUCACACAAGUCCUCAUAUAUAACGGGUGCCAUUUUGCCCACACCGAAACAGUUGUACGCUUUGAAUAGUGUCUGCCCUCUGGCCGAGUAUACGCGGGCGCCGAUCGAUUGCCAUCUCGAAGUAGUCGACACAUUGGCUCAGAUUGAAGACAAUGUCUUUGAGAAGAGACAUGUAUUUCAGAUACCGGGCGGACACCGAUGGCGCCACAAAUAA